AUGUCUGGUACGCCUCCCGUGCUUGUGUCGGCGCUCCGCCGCAGCGACCGGAACUCCAUGGGCCGGCUUCAGACAUCCUGGGGGCAGGUCUGCGCCUGCGAUGGGACGUCCGACGAGUGUAAGUAUGCUUCGGACGAGAGCGUUCUCGAGGAGCUGCUCGGGCACAUGGAGGAGACCGGGGGCGACCAUUUGCCCGACGAAUGGGAGGUGCUUCCAGCAAACGCGAGGGUGCGCGUGCGCGACGCCCCAGCGGUCGCGAAGGCCGUAUCGAACCAGCACGAGCGCGAUCGGAAUCGCACAAACGCCUUGCGGCACUUGUGUCCCGACGGAAGUCUCCGGCAGGGACUCAGGAAUGCUACCGGACAGCGGUUUGCGGUCCCGUCUGUGUCUGAGUAUCAGUUUUUGUCGUCCCUCGCCAAGAAGUACAAACUCAAAGAGGAGUUCGUGCAUCUCAAGUGCGUGUGGUUGGUGCACGUUGCUGCGGUCAUGUCAGGGUCCUCUCCGCAGGGCUUCGAUGAUUCCGACCGUGCGGGGGCCUCCUUCGAGGAUGAAGCUCUUGUGUCACGCUCGUUGUGCCAGCCGCGCCUGCGGCCAUCGUUUGAGCGCGGCAUUUCGAACGGGCGCAUCACGAUCUUGGGGACGUUUGGAAGGAGACGUGGCCGUUUCGCCGCGGGGUCCGUGUCUCCGGUUCCAGAUGUUUCAAAGGACACUCUGGCGACGCGAGUGCUUCGUCUCUUUCGCGGUGAGCUCUUCUGCUCGUCGGAGGUUUUCGCUACUUGGGUGUUCUACGACUUGGUCUUCUGGUUCCUGGCGGACAUUGAUGGGUUCGAGGCGCUCCUGGAGGUCACUGGUGGUCUACUGAAGGACGUGCCCGAGUGGAUUCGACGCGCCCGCCUGGUCAUCAGCGAGUGUCCGCACGCCGAGUAUUUCUGGGGGUCCACGAACGAUGGCCGGCGGAGUUUCCCCUUGCAGAUCGUGCGUCGCCGCAUCGAUGACCUUCGUUGGAAGCCAGCUUGGGCUGGGUCGAUGCCCUCCGACAUGCCUGUGUCGCGCGUGUUGGCCUUUGUGGCCCUUCUGGGCGACUGGCAUGCGGGGGCCUCGCGGAUUGCGCAGAGAGUGCUGGCGUUCAAAGCCCAGAAGAGGGAGUUGGCCUCUGCUGCACAGGAGAUCGCUCUCGAUUAUUGUCUUCCCGGCUUUUCUCACGCUGGAGACAUGCGAAGGUUUGAGUACUACUGGCCGAAGUUUCCUCUCAGCGACCUGGUCCUGUACGCGCAGGAGUCCAUGCGCCUGUUUGACCAUGAUCGCAAGGGACUUCGAGGGCGUCUGCAUUUGCCGCAAAGGAAUGUUGAGGCUCUCGCGGCCGUGACCUCCAACGGGCGUGGCGGUCGUCUGCCUUUGGUUGCUUUCGAUAUGGAGCCCUCGUGUGCAAUGUUCAAGAAGUUGCGCGAUCUUGACAAGGAUAUGUUGAGGUCUCUCGACCUGCCCAUCAGGGGGCUGUGGCAGCGUGGAGGCGGCGUGGACCCCGAGCAUCUGACGGCGUAUGAUCCGCAGGUGGUCAACUGCAUGCUGUGGAAGCAUGACGUUUGCGCUCUGUCGCCACCGACCCAACGGUUCGUUGGCGUGUCGCUGCAUUUGGACAAGUCAUACA